AUGGAGUCCCAAUUGUCCACAAUUGACCUCCUAAUGGCGAUGUUCCCGUCUCCCGGCGAGCUGGAAAUCCCUGAAUCCACAAUGCAGUGCGUCGAGACACUUCGGGACUGGUGCCAGAACCCGAACUUCACACCUUCUAAAAUCCCUUCAAGUAUAUUUCUCAUCGUCAGUCUACCCAUUGCCGACGGAGACAAAGCGAUUGAAGUCAGCAUUUCCGUUCCACUGCAAUGUGAAGAUCCAGCAACAAUUGAACAGCCGCCGUCAUUAAGCUAUUCACUUCGGCAACCGGAAUGGAUGUCCAAAGCCGAAGUCGCUGGACUCGCCGCGGCAAUACCACAAGGCGAUGCCUUGGAGGCAUUCGAAUACAUCCAAACAGAGGCCAGCCGCUUUCUUGAAAACAAACAGUCCCAGACCGUGAGCUCAAAAGAGACGGAGCCACAGACAAGUUUCGGAGGGCCGAUCGUGAGAGUCUGGUUCUAUUUCCCUUCUUUGUCCACUCGUAAAAAGAGGGAAGAUAUGGUCAACUUUGCACCGGGAUAUUCUCUGACAGGCUUUGUGCUCGCGGGUAAGCCAGGGGUAUUAUGUCUCGAGGGUACGUCACGAGAUAUCGAUGCCUAUAUGAGCUUCGUCAAGACACAUUCAUGGGGCGAUAUCCCCAGUCACCAGAAAAAAGUCAGCGAGAGAUUUCGAGAGACCGAAGGAAUCAAGAGAGUGUUUUCGGGGAUGGAGGAAAUCACAGACUCGCUAGGAGAGCGAAGUGGGCAACGGGCCAAUCGGGGUGAUAUGCAGGCACUGGAGGCGUGGUUAGGGACCAAAGGACUGCAAGAGGCAUUUGAAAAGGUGAUAUUUUAG